CUGAGUCUGGCGGUUACAAGCUAAGACAUGUUUUCCCGUCUUCGCAAGCGUUUUCAGAGGGGGAAUGUCGAUUCUGGAGAGACUAGAGUGAAGGAGUCUGGCCUUUCGUCUCUAAGUAAUGAUGGACAAAGACAGCACUUCUGGGGAAUGUGGAACGCUGGGAGAGAAACAUCAUCCCCUGGCACUGAACUAAGCAAGAAUCAGGCCAUGAAGGAAAAGGAGAGGCUGAUUAAAGAGCUGCAGCUCAUUACCGAGGAGAGAAAUGACCUGAGAGAUCGCCUGAGGUUUCUGACAGAGAGAUCCAUGAAGAACAGGCCACACUUCAGGCCAAAUCCAUAUUAUGAAGACCUGGAGAGAAUGGAGGAGGCGGUCAUGUCAAUUCUGCACAACUUAGAGAUGGAGAACACUGAGGUCCAUGAGAACAACCAUAAGCUGAAGAAGGAGAUUACCUUCUCUAGAAACCUGCUCAGCCAGCUCCUGAUGGAGAACACAUGUAGGAAGAAGUUGGUCCCACCGAAGCAGGGGAGCAAGGGGGUACAUCUUGAUUGUGCACUGAACCAGAAAUAUUUGGUUGACUUCAACAAAAAAGAUAAAGACCAUCAACGGCAAGAACCAGCAUUAUCAGGUCUCAGAAAGUGCAAGAGAACUGGAAUUGGACACACAGCAGUAAGAGAGCUUCCUGAAGAAUAAGUUGCUUUCUCAGGAGUCCCUGAUGACCAACAUCCUGAAUGGUAACAACAUUUUUUGGAUGAGUUAAUUUGUCAUUUCUUAGAGAUCCUAAAUUAAUAUACCACUAAGCCAGCCUGACUGA